AUGGAACUGCAACAUGUGAGUACAAAGAAAAGAAAAGACCAAGUGUUGCAAAAUGCAAUGGAGCUGACAAUUCAAUCUUCCUUGGCAAAUUUCGCUACCAACAAACAUACAGAGACGCUGAAUCGUUCCGCUCGUCCCAUUCCUUAUGCGAAACUUGAAGGACAUUUUAAUGUCAUGAUAUAUGCUCAGGACCCUUCCAUAAUCCGUAAUGGGGAAAAUCAAUGCAGAAUGAUUGGCUCAUCAUUAGCGCACAGGAGGACUGAAAAGCACAAGUGGAGGAACAAUUAG